AUGAAUGCAAGAAGCGCAUCUACAAGCAUUGCAAGGUGGAUAAAUGCGUCAAGAAAACUCGUUACGGCGUCAAGAAAGGCUUGUGGUGCUGUGAUCACAAGCCCACUGUCACACCCACGCCUACGCCUACGCCUACCCCGAAGCCGAAAUGCCCAUGCAAGUGCACCGAAAAGCGUUGGGCGCAGAAGGAUUGCCGAUACCUCAGUCCGUUCUGCAAGGUUAUCGCAUGUGAGGACAAGGUUUACAGGGACAAGCACGGCCGCGUCAUUUACUCCAAGCCGGAAUUCCAGUGCUGCGACUAUCACCAUUAGAGUCACAAGCAUGAGCAAGAAUUCUGCUUUCAGUGCAGUUUUCAUGCAUCAUCGCGUAGUCUCUAAUGAGUACUUUGCUUCAUCCCUUUCGCUUUCCUAG